AUGGCGUUGAUCAUGCCGUUUGUGUCGGUCGCGAUUUCAAUACUUUAUACGCCGUUCUUGCUGUUAAUUCUGUGCAUAAUAUUCUUAGCAUCCAUUGGAAAAUCUUUGGGUGUCCGAAGGUUAUACGUGAACAUAUUACUAAAGCUGUUCGAGUAUGGCCGCCAACACAUCGAAGUGGCGAAACGCAUCCAGAGACAUGACAGUUCUGACGAAGAGGACGAACCACCCGUCCCUCCGGAGGACAAACCGCCCUCCGCCAUUAUUAAAGAGAAUGGAUCUCUCAACGGCACAAAAAUGUCAGUGAUUGAACGGGAGGAGAUCCUGGGACCUUCACCUGAACUGAACUACAAGCGCAGUUCGAGCCAAGAGAGAGUCAAGAAUGGUCACACACCAGACCAUAAAGGGGAGGUUAGUGUACAGAACAAUCUGGAGUUCCACUUAUCUCACUGUCUGGACCUGGUGAAGGCCGGGAUGGAAUCUAUCAUCGAAGAUCAAGUAACGUCCGUGUUUGAGGCUGAGGAGUUGAGGAGCUGGAACUUACUAACAAGAACCAACAGACAAUACGAGUUUUUAACCUGGCGUUUAACCAUUAUUUGGGCGAUGGGCUUCAUCGUACGAUACAUGUUUCUUUUGCCGUUGAGAAUAUUCAUAUUCUUCGUUGGGACAGUGACAUUGGUUUUCACAACACCAUUAGUAGGAUUACUACCAGCUGGUAGAAUCCGGAGGUUUUGCGGUCAACUGUGCUACAAGAUAGCCUUUCGUACCAUGGUACGCGGACUAUGCGGUGUGGUAACCUAUCAUGACUUACAAUAUAAGCCAAAGACAACGGGAUUGUGUGUUGCUAACCACACUAGCGUUAUUGAUGUUGCCAUACUAAGCAGCAAACAUUGCUACUCUAUGGUGUGGUGGCUGCUCGUGUGCACGGCGUGCGUGGGAACUCUGCCGGACGGGCCGUUCAAACAGAAGAUCAACUACGGAGUUUCCAUCAUGUGCUUCAACUUCCUAAGUCGGUGUUUGUCUAUGGUCAUUACAUACCAUAAUACUCAUAACAAACCGAAAAACGGGAUAUGUGUGGCGAACCAUACCAGUCCUAUAGAUGCCUUGGUGUUAAUGUGUGACAACUGCUAUUCCUUGAUUGGUCAACGCCAUAACGGUUUUCUGGGAUUACUGCAGAGGGCGUUGUCUCGCGCUUCGCCUCAUAUCUGGUUUGAGAGGUCCGAGGUCAAGGACAGACAUAUUGUUGCUCAAAGGUUGAAAGAGCACAUCUCAGUGCCUGACAAUCCGCCAAUACUGAUUUUCCCCGAAGGGACAUGCAUUAACAACACCUCAGUGAUGCAAUUCAAGAAAGGCUCUUUUGAAGUCGGUGGCACCAUCUACCCCGUUGCCAUCAAAUAUGACCCUCGCUUCGGCGACGCGUUCUGGAACAGCGCUCGCUACGGUAUGCUGCACUACCUUCUGAACAUGAUGACGUCAUGGGCGAUCGUGUGCGACGUCUGGUACCUCCCUGCCAUGCGAAGGGCGGAAAACGAGAGUGCAGUGGAGUUUGCUAACAGAGUUAAGGGCGUCAUAGCUACGAGGGGGGGACUGGUCGACCUUAUGUGGGAUGGCCAGCUAAAAAGAAUGAAGGCUAAAAAAGAAUGGAGAGAACUACAACAAGAGGAAUUCAGCAAGCGAUUAAAAGGGGAAUAGGUUAUAGUUAACUUAGUAACAGUUACAAAUAUAAUAGUUGCAUGUAACAGUAAACAAGUAAUCUUUUAGAGCUGUUACUCCGAAAGUUGCAAGUAACAGUUACAGGAUAAUAGUUACGAAGUAACACUAUGUGCAGUGCGAGACUGUGUGCUAACUGUGAUUGGAGUGACAUUUUAUUCUUGGAAUUAUCGAUGUGAAUAUUUUGGGGAGAUUUAAAAAAUUUUAUUCCGUUAUAAUUUAUUAAUAUUAAUAUCGAACACAAAGAAAAAUUCCUUCAAUCUGCCUGGACUCGAACCUGUAUACGUGCCAAACUAGGUUGACGACUGCUCUACCAACAGAGCUAUAGAAUAGAAUACGUUUAUUUGCCAGAAUACAGUAAUUAUCAGUGGUUGGAAUUUAAGCAGUUACAUAACCUAAAUUUGGAGUAACGUAUAUUCUGCCUUUUUUUGAAGAUGGAUUAAAAUGACAUUUGCAGGGUUGCCAAUGAAGAGGUUGCCUAGAAGACGGUACCUUGGAACACAUUUUUUUCAAU